AUGGACGACAGCAAAAUGCAAAUAUUCCUUCAGGUUGAUUAUCAAGCCUAUCGACGGCAAGCACAAAUUAUGGGUAACUUACCUACAGCUUGGUGUAAUAUAUCACAACCAUUCAUACCCACUGGCGUGGAUUAUGCUGGUCCAUUUAACGUGAGAGCAAUAAAAGGUAGAGGCCAUCGCACUUACAAGGGAUGGGUCUGUGUCGAAAAAUUGUCGAACUCGCGGCCGCUUACGGCUCUAUCUGACGACCCCAAGGACUUAUCAGCGUUGACACCAGAACAUUUUUUGAUUGGACGAGCACUGUCUGCUGUACCUGAAUCUAGUUUGUUAAAUACAGAGAUUGGUGUACCAUUCCAAUGGAAAAUGUAA